UGCACAUUCCAGCCCAAAGUUUACAGAGAUGUCGAAAAUGAGUCAUAUGCAUCAUAUUUACCAAGUAGGUUCUCUUUCAAGCAUUCAUUUCGAUAUAUCACUGUGUGACAUGCCCCUUCUCGGUAUCCCUCAGAAGCACUAUUGUGUCACGCCAGCCAAGGUUGGCUGGCAGACGUGAUGUGUGUGUCAUGGAGGCAGGGCUUACAUUUUCCUUAUAAUCCUUGGUGCUAUGUCACCUAGACAGUCUAAAACCUCUUUUAGUAGUGAAAAAAAGAGGGAGGGUUAAGCGCUCCAACUGUGCCUCCCAAGGAAGUAAACGACCCCUUCCCAGACAUCUCAGCAAACAUUCGCUCAGGUGGUGGCCUGUCCACCAGCUUUCUGUAUCCCAAAGCGACAGCCACCACAUCCGAAUCACACAUAGUGAAAUGAAUUCUCGAAAUAGAACUAUAGGCUAUGACCAUAACCCUAGUUCUCUGAUAGCAUGAGUGAAGUAUCUCAACGAACCACCCUCUUUCCAACCUUGGCUGGUGUAAUGCAAUAGUAUUUCUGAGAGACAGCGCAAAGAGGCGUGUCCCAUAACCUAAAGUUCCUAUUCAUGUGUGGCAUACACCAAGAGAACAGUACAAUUCUGAACACUUGACCCCUACAUUGUGGAGGUGCUGGGGCCCUGUUAUACUGUGGGGUAGCAGUUUGCUACUGUGGUUUGGGUCCAGUUGUCCCAUUAGAGGGAAGGGUGACUUAAUUCAAUAAAAAACAUAUUCUGUCUGAUCACCUUUAUCCUAUGAUGGAAUCUUUUUGUCCUGGAUGACAAUGUCCCCAACCACAGAGCACGAGGGCUCACUCAUUGGUUUAAUGAGUAUAAAAAUUAUGUAAUCGUAUGCUAUGACUUAUGCUAUUAAACGCCACAGUACACAUCACCAUCAAAACAUCAACUGAAGGAAUAUCUUUUGGAAGAAUGGUGUUCAUCCCUCCAGUACAGUUCCAGAGACUUGUAGAAGUUAUUCCAAAGUGCACUGAGGCUGUCCUGCUGGCUCGUGGUGGCCCAGCAACUUGCUAAGACAUUUAGUGAGUUGGUUCGAUCAUAAGCUUGGGCUGCUGUGUGGAGCUUCUGGUUUCUGUGCAUAUUGUCUCCUUAUCUGUGUAGGGUUUCCUCCAUGUUCUCUAGUUUCCUCCCACCUCUCAAAAAACAUGCUGGUAGGAGGAUUGGACAUGUUAUUGGAUAUGAGUGUGUGCACGGUGCUCUGUACUGGUCUGGUGUCCCAUCCAGGAUGUGUUCCUGGGAUAGGCUCUGGAUCUACUGCGACCCUGGUUGCUGUAUUUGAGUAUGCAGGUUUGAGUAUUUCAGAAACAAGAAUAUAUGAGAUAACAUGAGACUAUUUUACUAUGUAUAUUGUAUUAUUUGAAUGUCGCAAUAAAACUGUAUAUGAUUUCAAUUUUUUUUUUUUAAAUUUCCUAACGCGGAUCUGUGCACAAGACACCAGAGCUGAGCUGAACUGUGUGUGUGUAUGUGUGUGUAUAUGUGUGUGUGUGCGCGCGCGCUCUGUACUUCUGAGGCGAUUGGCAGCUUUUGUGUCUCAGAUUCAAAUCUCCACUACCCAUAUUUAAUUAACUUGACACCCUUUGUGCUUUACAGUAUGAAAUCAGUGGAGGACCAAGUUGUGGAAGAUGAGGCAGGGUAUCAGGAUGAUGAGGAAUCUUUCUUCCAAGACAUCGAACUCCUACAGAAAUAUGGCAUUAACAUGGCGGAUAUCAAAAAGCUGAAGUCAGUGGGAAUUUGUACUGUAAAAGGGAUCCAGAUGACCACACGCCGUGCCCUCUGCAACGUUAAGGGUUUAUCUGAAGCCAAAGUGGAGAAAAUCAAGGAAGCUGCUGGGAAGUUGCUGAUGAGUGGAUUUCAGACAGCUUCAGAAUACAGUAUGAAAAGGAAACAAGUUUUCCACAUCACGACAGGCAGUUUGGAGUUUGAUAAACUUCUUGGCGGGGGAAUAGAGAGUAUGGCGAUCACUGAAGCUUUUGGAGAGUUCAGAACGGGAAAGACUCAACUCUCUCACACACUGUGUGUUACAGCCCAGUUGCCUGGUGAGAAUGGCUAUACUGGAGGGAAGGUCAUCUUCAUCGAUGCAGAAAAUACCUUUCGCCCAGACAGGCUGAAGGACAUUGCAGACAGGUUCAACGUGGAUCACGAAGCAGUCCUUGAUAAUGUGCUGUAUGCCCGUGCCUAUACCAGUGAACAUCAGAUGGAGCUUCUAGACUUUGUGGCAGCCAAAUUUCAUGAGGAGGGAGGUGUCUUCAAGCUCUUGAUCAUAGACUCCAUCAUGGCUCUGUUCCGAGUGGACUUCUCAGGUAGAGGUGAGCUUGCAGAGAGACAGCAGAAGUUGGCACAGAUGCUUUCCAGGCUGCAAAAGAUCUCAGAAGAGUACAAUGUUGCAGUGUUUGUCACCAAUCAGAUGACAGCAGACCCAGGAGCUGGGAUGACAUUUCAAGCAGAUCCCAAAAAGCCCAUUGGAGGUCACAUACUGGCCCAUGCCUCCACCACGCGCAUAAGUUUGAGGAAAGGACGCGGUGAAAUGAGAAUUGCCAAAAUAUUUGAUAGCCCUGACAUGCCAGAAAAUGAAGCUACCUUUGCCAUUACUGCUGGAGGAGUGGCAGAUGCGAAAGAGUAAGGCAAGAAUUUCUCCAGUAAAAACAAAAUUCAUGGUUUGUUAGUAGACAUAGUAUGUAUUCAGAUCUAACUACAACUGUUUGUGUGUUUGUUUAUUUGUAUAUUUAUUUGAUCCCUACUUAAAUGUGUUUUUUUUAAUAAACUGUUGGACUUGCUUUUAACCUAUGCAACUACUUUUUUCCCCUUGACUUAUUCAAAGGAACACACCUCGAUCUCUAUCUAUCUCUAUCUGUGAUUAUCGCAGAAAAGAAUGUCAACAAAUUUCACUUUACUAAGUAAACAAUUUUUUUGGUUGGGGUAAUGACGCAUUCACUACAGAGUUCUUCAGGUGUAGGUGCUCAUCUGAAAAAAGUGGAAUAUAUAGUACACUGUCACUAAACAAACAUUACUUUUUUGAUAGUUUUUUUCUUAUGUGGAUAUAUCAGUAUACCUUCUUGCAUUAGAUCUCAUAGAUUAGCUCAGUGCCAUCUUUUGGUGAAAACAGCUGGGAUGCAUUCAUUCAUGUAUCACCACAUAAAAAGAAUCCUAUAGUAAUACAUGAAUGAAAUCAAAAAUGGGUAAACCUACAUGAUGAGCUACAAAACGUCCGGGGGGAGGUGGUCCUUCAAGGUGGAGCCUCUUUAGAGCCUUGACUUCAUGCCCUGGAGAUGAAAGCCUGAUCAGAGACGUGAUGAUAAAACCCCUGCUGAAGCUUUUUCUCCAACAAAGGACCAAGAAGUCUGUCUAUGACACCUCUCAUACUGAUGGUAUUCCUGCCAAGAAGAAAAAGGGAGUCACAGAUGGAAUAGAGAAAACAGAGGAAAGGGAGCAUGUAGUUUGGGGUCUAGAGAAUUUUAGCAAAUCUUGGCAACAGUGUGAUGUAUUGAAAAGCAGUCAAAUCUCUAAAAGCAUAUAUUACAAAUGUUUGGAGCUUAAUUUAUGUAUAACUUUGACUGACGUAUUAACAAAAUGUUUGGCAAGAACAGCUACUGAUUGCCACAGUAUCUGUCUUAGACUGAAGAAGUGAGUUUGUCAGCAGGUCUUCUGUUAUUUCUCACAGCCUACAUGGUAGAAACAGCCCAGAACAGGGGUAAAUUCUUCCCUACAAAAAGUAGUCAUAUCCCUGAAAGGAAAUGUUUUACAGAUUUCGAGUUUAAUUUAUAAAUACAGUCACACUAUAGAAUUAAUGAAAGCUUUCUACAAAACAGUAAUUAAACUGCCACUACAACUGCGCUGAGAAUUGUGUUUAGAGUUUAAGUGUAUAAUUUGGAGUUUUUCAGCUUUACUCUUAAAUACAGAGUGACGAUAAUACUGUAGUCGCAGAACCGCUCCUGCACAGUAUAUUGUUGUGAGAACUGUUGGUUUGGUGGUCGUUUUCGGAGGUCCUGCUCCACACUUUCUGGCUUCACACAGUGAACACUGAAGCACUCGUGCAGGAAGCAGGCGCAGUGAGAGCUGACUGUGUCCGCACUGUGGGAGCGGAAGAGCAGGAGGCUCAUGCCGUAAAUCCGCUCACGGUUCUGCAUACACACUCACACACUGUUAUCUGGAGCAGUUACAGAAAAGGCGAAGGUGUCAGGGUGUAAGUGCGUGUAGGGGACGAGCUUUCUGAGCGGCUGUGGCUGUAGUUCGAGCUCGUUAUGGACCAGAGAGACUCGGCGCCUGAGAGCUGGGAG